AUGGACUACCUGUCCAGCAUAUGUCGAAAUUUCACUGCUUUUAUUACCCUGCAGAAUAUACCCUAUCAAAACCAGAAGAUAAACACUGUCUGUGAAGCAAUACCCAGAAAUCGCCUUAUUCAUACCAUGCUAUCUCCUCCAAGUUCUGGCAGACUACGACGCAACCGACAGCCUCUCAAGGCUAAGGUAAAUAAGUACCAAAGUCUCGUGCCAUUAACACCAGAAACGCCUAGUGCUGGACGGAAGCGUAGGACCGUGCAGAAAGGGGAAUUCGGCCAAAACCAUGGAAGGACUGCUAACUCAGAUGAUGGUGGCUCGUCUCUUAUCGACAGGGAACGACCUUCAAAACGAUUGAGGAUAUAUCUACGACCUCCUAAGCCCUCAUUACAGAAGGGUUUUUGCCCGUCUUCUGGCUAUGAUAGUGAACUGGAUGGUAGCACACUCAUUGAAGAUGGACAGGGCAGCAAGGCCAAGUCCAGUCUAAGCAGAGACGAUCUUUCAACCUCUGCUUCUGAUACCUCCUCUGGAAGUGAGGAUAUUGAGUCUUCAGUGUCUCUCGAGGACCAUCAACGAGUCUUUGAUGAGGCGACUGAAGUAGAAAAAGAUAAGACAGACACACCAGUGUUACAGACACCACGUUCCAAACAGCAUCGAAAAAGGAAUCCGUCUCAACGUUUAUCUAACGCGGAAGUUUAUCGCCCAUCCCCCAAGAUUGUCGACAAAAAUCUUUUAAAGCAAAUUGUUCGCCGCGAUGCCCAUGAAAGUGAUCUCAGUGAAGAAGAGAUAUAUGGUUCCAAAUAUUCAACCAAAAGGGAGAUAAAGCGUGACUUGGACAUUGAAUUUUGCAUGGAGAAAGCAAGGAGAUGGGCUGCUGCAGUAGAGGGUCCGUCUGGGAAUUGGGCUGACGCAGAGAGAGAUAUGUAUUUCCGGCUGGCAAUGCGUGGGUUUGAGCCAGUACUACCUCACAGCUGGAAGAUGGAUUUCAUGACCCUACCAGGCUCGCUUUUCAAGCCUGUAAACGAUCAUACUGCAUAUAUAUCUAGCAGGAACGACUUUCGAGGUAUGAAAUACUUUAACAAUCUUAUUACCUUGGGUGGACGUGUCAGGGACCGCAUCACUUGCCAUCUUCCCCCAGAGAAAGUGGUCAAGCAAUACUUGUGCACUUAUCUUCAGUGGACUCUACGCGACAUUGACAUGCAGAAGCGGCCACGAUUUACACCCCCUUAUUCCGUAUAUACCCUCAAACCCAAUCAGACCACCAGAGAUGCAGUUAAUAUCAUGAACUCAAAACUUGUUGCCGUGGCUAAGAAUUAUCAAAAUGCCUGGCGCCUGACCCCAAGCAUAGAAAGCGAUGACGGAGCCGAUGACCAUAUUGAGGCUUGCCCACAAUACCAAGACCGCACCUUCCCAGUGAUCACAGGGUAUCUAAUCUGUGGGCCAGUGGUGGUGUUGAUGACACUUGACUCUGACCCCGAGACCUUUCCUACACUUGACGCCAAAGUAAGCGGGCGACUGAUGUCCCGCUUCGAUUUCUCUGAAUAUGGCCAAGAUGUCUGGAACGCAUUAGCUAUUGCGAUUGCGGCGGCACGGAUGAGGAAGACAAUAGCUCAGUGUGAACAAGAGGGCACAGGGGACGUGAUGUGGAUGGCUGAUUCAGUAUCUGAUCCACCAGAUGAAGAUUUAUGA